UUACUAAAUAUGACAAUGACAUUUCUACUGAUAAAUGUCUCAGUGAAGCUGUUUUGAAUCUACUUAUUUUCAUUAUUUUACAUAAGUAAUUCGUUCUAAUAGUGUGUUUAUUUAUUAAAUAUGUUGUUUAUAGAGUGGCUCGAUAUAAAUCAAUGCAGUUUGUCUAUUUUGGCAUGCAUUUUCCUAACCAUUACAUAUGUUGCCAGCUUGUAUGUAUGGAGGUCUAAAAUGAGCAGGGAUCAUCCGACUACAAUUAAGAAAAGAUUCUUCAGUGUUUCUGUUAUGAUGUUUCUGGCUCCAUUCUUCGUUCAGUAUUUUUUCACUAGAGAGACCUUAAAUAAAGGGGACUUGUUCAUGCAGCUGGGUCUGCGUUGGUCUGGCCUAAUUCCGGCUCUAGUUGGCCCUCUGUUUUUGACAGCCACACUGUUUCUGGGACCACUAACUAUGCAGUUUUUAUCUGGGAUAUGGAAACUCUAUGCAGAGCCGAUGUAUUGGCUAGCUAGCUGGCAGGAUCUUGUAUGGGUGAGGAAUCACUUUAUGGCUCCAUUAAGCGAGGAGUGGGUGUUCAGAGCUUGCAUGGUCCCACUACUGCUGCAAUGUGUCGAGCCGAUGACUGCCGUGUUUGUUGGACCUCUACUAUUUGGCAUUGCUCAUUUCCACCACAUGUAUGAACAAAUAAAAGCUGGUUUCAUAUUCAAGACUGCUCUACUUGUCUCAUCAUUCCAGUUCACAUACACUACACUUUUUGGUGCUUAUUCCGCAUUUCUAUUUCUGAGAACAGGACACUUUGUCUCACCUCUGAUCGCACACAUGUUCUGCAAUCACAUGGGAUUUCCGAACUUCAACGAAAUAUUAGAGUUCCCACCUAUGCAACGGGUUGUGAUUAUAUUCAAUUUUAUACUGGGAUUAAGCUUAUGGUGUUUCCUACUCCUACCAUUGACUAAUCCGGAUAUUUAUGAUAACAGAUUACACUGGGAAACUUGAAUUUAAAGUUACUUCAAAACAAAUGGUAAUAACAUCUCUAGAACUCAACUUCUGAACUAUGUAACACUACAAUGAAUCACACUAAUAUUAUAAAGAUAAAAAUUUGUGACUGUGUGUAUGUUUGUUAGUCUUCACACGCAAAUGGCUGAACGGAUUUUGUUAAAACUUCGCAAUAAUAUAGGCAGGCAUCAGGAUAUCAUAAGUAAUUUUUUUCUGGGUAAAUAUUUUCGUGCCUAGUUGUAUUAUUAUCGAAGUAAAAAAAUGUUAGACUCACAGUCAGUCGGACAUCAAAAAAAUUUAAGUAAAAAUCAGGACUACAAAAUUUCCAAAUGUUGAUAACGCUGUUCAUAAAUAGCAUUUCAUUAUACUCAUACUAUGUCCAUUAUAUUUAGUGGCGCAUGGAAUGCUUGACCAUUAUCCAAAAUAUUUAUAUAUAUACAGUUUUAGUAUAUGAGUAGAUUUUUUGUAUAAUGGUAACGUUAUCUUGUUUCAUUGUUGGGAAAUAAGUACAUACACACUAAGGCCCAAGUUCACCAACAACAUGACGUUAGUUCUAUUUAAACAACUUUACUGUACUUUCAAAGUCGACAAUUUUUGUCAAAAACAACUGUUAAAGAUGUUUUGAGAAAAAUUGUCGAUUACCUAUAUUGUUGGGUUUUAAAUUAGGAUGCGUCCUUAAUUAUUGAUUCCUACGAAUUUGGCGCACUACUAUUUUCGCAUCCACGCAUGCAUUGAGUUUGAAAUUUAAGCCCACCCAAGUAUAACAUACCGAUAUUAAUUACAUUAACUUGAUAUUAAUUCCGUACAUUUAAAGUUACAUUGUUAGUUAUAGGAUACAGUAGUCAGUAGAUUUUUUAAAACAAUUAAUCAUUCUGAAAGUUAUGUUUACGUCAGAAUUUUUGUACCAUCUCUGUUUACUUGAAAACGCCUAAUUCUGGCUUAAACAUUUAUCACACGGAGCUUAUUAAUAAUAUUUAAGGCAAUACCCAUAUCUUAUAGGAUUCUACAUCAUUUUACCUACAUAUACCUAUACAUGUAGCAAAUAAAUAUUCUCAAUGUAACUUAGUAUAAUCUAUUUCUAGAGUUCUCGCAACGAAAGAAGGCAUUGCUUAAGCCGACUACUGAACUUCAGUUUUUAACUGCACAGUUCAGAUGUAUAGUUUUUCUUGCACACGUACUUUGAACUGUUCAGUCAAAACUGAAGGUCAGUAGCCGGCCAUAAGUAAUAACAAGCACAAUUUUCCACCAGACUUGUCUUGAUCUGUGGCAAGGGUGUUGCCAUAACUCAAUAAUAAUAUUUAGAUGGUAAACUCUACAGUAUUGCUAACCAUCGAUUACCUUAUUUAAGGAACUUACCUCUGAAUUCUAAUCACAGUAUACUAUUUAAUAUAUUUAACUACUAUGUCCUAUAUGGGAAUUACUUAUACUAUAUUUAAGUUAGGGAUACGUUAAUGAUAAUUAUUAUGGUUAACUAAGUCUAUGUGUGUCUACAUUUGUUUGAGAUAAUGCGAACAAUUAUAAAGUUACUUAUUGGUACACUCUAGUACCGUUUUGAGUGACUAUGUAGAUAUUAAAGUGGUACUUUAGAAAACAGUACAAUAAUAUCAAUAUAUCACCGAUAUAAAUGGUUGUAUUCAAUCAUUAUAAGAAUCCAAAUACCAUCCUUCUUAAGCAAAUGUAGAUACAUAAUAUACAGUCACACUCAUAUAAAUAAGUAUUUUUUGAAUGCUUGAAUACUUUUUCAGUUGUCGCGCAUCUGUUGUCAAGAUUUGCAGUGUGUUAAUAUUUUUGUUGUGUUUUGUAAUAUUAAGAACUAGUGAGUUGAUUGAUCAACUUUCGAUUAAAUAUUUGUUUAAGUUUUGACCUUUUUAUGCUGUUUUUUUUAUAAUUGUUAGUUUCACCAUCUCUGUCAAAAUUUGAAGUAACAGUGUCGGAUUACUCAUAUAGCAAGUGUUGCAAUUGCUACGGGCUCCGCGUCUAUGAGGGCCCCGUACUUAAUUCUAACUAAAGGGCUCCCAAGUUCUAGUCAACCGAACUGAAAUUUCUUUUUGGCUGUUUUGCGUCUCUUUAGUAGGCCGUCCGAUCGUUAACUAUUUUUGUUAGACAUAUGGGACCCCGCACUUACUUAAUACGGCACUGAAUAAUUAUAUGAAACUUGGUUUUUUAAUUUAUUGAUGUGAUUUAUUUUGAUACUUAAAAAAGCAAAAGAGACUAGUGAAAGGCAUUAUUAUAACUUGUUAGAACAGAUGUGGUGAAAUAAACAUUACAAAAUUGUAUUGUGUGCCAUAUGUUUCAUAAAGAUGUAAAUACGUAAAAAUAAUAAUUUUACAGGGUUUGCAUGCAUGGGACAAAAUAUUGCCUCACUAGUCAAUUGAUGUAUUGUUUUUAAUUUUAAUAUAAUAAUUUGUGAUGUGUCUGUUUGUAAAACAAUGAUAUUACUUGUCAUAAAAUAAACAUACUUAAAGAACA